CUUCCCAGGCCUGCUCCUGCCCUGGGCAGACAUGGACCAUCCCCGGGUGUCCGAGCUGGUUCGAUCAGGCAGAGCGCUACACAUGCGCAAAGCGUCGCACACCUCCAGGAAAAGGAGAGGCUUGGCUACAUGGUUAGGGCCAGAGCGGGAGCUGUGGGUAUUCGUAUUUUUAGCCACAAAUUUUAAGCGUCCACCAGCGCGCACAGAAGAAAAGGCGACCCUGGAAGGGAGACACGCGGCGAAAACAAAGACCUCUUUAUGCCUGCGGCACCGGGGAGAGAGGGAGCAAACCGCAUGGGCUAGGGAACAUCUGGAAUCAUUACAUGGGAGCCAAGCGCCGCAGAAAGCAACGGCAUUCCUCAAGUUUCCAUGCGAGAAAGGUGCAGCGUGCCCCAGGUGGAAGCCAGGAUCCAGCCUUCGGACACCAGCCCUGGAAGAAGGAGCUUGGAGGCUCACUCCAAACGGGAAACAAGACCUCUUCUCAGCUGCCAAAAGGAGGAUGUUUCUUCCAUCAGGACUUGGACCUUCCUUCACCCCAUCUCUGCCCCAAAACCCCAUCCCAAAGGCAGGGAGGGGAAGGACUAAUGAGCUGCUGAUAGCCGGAGAGCAGAUCACAGAGGCUCCACUCCGUCUGCCCAGUGUUCAGACUACCUGUUCAGGACUACGAGAUUGUACAGUAGUCUGCACAUUGGUUAGGCUGUGCUGGGAUACACCACACACUGCCAGUGCUGCACGGGGACGGCAACACCUGCACGGCAGAGGGACAUGCUUGGAGCGGGUGGGCUGCGGGGGCAGCUGCAUGCAGAGUUCACUCAUCCCUCAGCCUGGGAGGAUAACAACACCCUUUGAAACCAUGCUCGAUCACUUUUACCUGCCUGCUUACCAGCCUGCUCACAUGCUUCUUAUUCUGUCUCCACCCCUCCUUCACCCCCUUCUCAGCCAUCCUUUCUUUCAGCUUCAUGCACUUGUCCCAGGGAUGGCUGUGCUCACGAUGGCUUGUUUCACGUGCUAAGCUUUGCCAUAAAGCGCAGAGAGAAACAGAAGGGCCUGGUGGAGCUACAACUGCACUGCACUUUGCUACCUGAGAAGGCACGAUCGAGCAGAGAAAGGUGACUGGAGAGAGGGGAAUUCACAUCUUAAAGAAUGCUGAUCAUUUAAAAAAGAAAAAAAAGAAAAGAAAACAAAGGAUUGAAAGUUGGAGGUUUGAAUGCUCUGGAAGUUGUGUUUGCUUUGAUGUCUGUCUGGAAAAUAAAAGAAACAGUGAGUGAAAGUAUAAA